CUGGUUUCCAGCAGCUCCCACACCUGCUGCCUACUCUGGUUCCAAGCCUUCAGCAGCCCUCUCCCCAGCACUCAGGAUUGUGCGGUGUUUCCAGCCUCCUCUCUGCUACUUCUGAGUCUCCCUUGGCUUUUUGUUUGCUUCUGGAGACAGGGUCUCACUGUGUAGCCCUGACUGCGCUUGACCUCACAGAAAUCCAUUUCUACCAAUAGGGCAGGGCUGGGCUUUCCUGGUUAAAAUCUCGGGGCUCCUGGCCUAGGAAAUGGGCACCACAAUAUGUUAAGACAAACAUAAAAUGUCCAGCCCAGUGAGGACAAGGAUCGCAAUGGGGCCCCUUGCCUCAGAGAUGGGGAACUUGGGGGCACGUGACUGACCCAAGCCAUUAAGCUCAGCAGAAGAGGGAUUAGUUUAGUCUUGACCUUCAAGCCUGUUCUCAGUCCCUGGACUAUGUCUGAUGACAAUGUGUGGCAAACCCAUAAACUGUGACUACCUGCUCUACGGGAGCCUGGGGCUGGGAGGACUCCUGCUGCUGCUUGUUGCCAUCCUAUUUACCUGCCUGUGCCGCCUCAGUCAGAAAGUGAAGAGACUGGAAAGGAAUGCCUAUGUCCUGGGGCAGGAGCCCCACUAUGCAUCUCUCCAGAAGCUGCCGGCGUCCAGCAGUGAUAUCACAGACAGAGAGGAAGGUGAAGGCGUGAAAGAAGACCACAACACCGACUAUGCCUGCAUCGCCAGAAACAAACCCACCUGAACGCCCCCAAAUGUCUCUCUCGCCUGAGUGCGUGCUCAGUCACCCUGGGUUCACCUAGUAAAGUCUGGCUCCCCGCUUCUGC